CUCCAUUAUACUUCUUAUAAAUACUACAUCACUUGAGUGGGGUUAAACACACAAAAAAAAAGAGAGAAUAAUAACCCCAAAAAUUUAUUAGAAAAUAGUACUAUAGAGUGCAAGGGAUGAUGGGGAUUGGGCAAAUAUGGUCACAACUAGGCUCAAUUAUGGCUAGCAUCAUGUUUGUCUAUGCCAUGUUUGAGAAAUUCUUCCCAUCUCAUCUUCGAAUCUAUGUAUCAAAAUACACUCAGAAAUUCACUGGCCUUAUCUACCCUUACAUCAAAAUCAAAUUCCCUGAGUUCUCGGGUGAACGCCUCAAGAGAAGUGAAGCAUAUUCUGCCAUCCAAACAUACCUCAGUGCAAACUCUUCUCAAAGUGCCAAAAAGCUCAAAGCUGAAGUGGUCAAGGAUAGCCAAACCCCGCUUGUGCUUAGCAUGGAUGACAAUGAAGAGAUCAAUGAUGAGUUUCAAGGGGUCAAAGUUUGGUGGACUGCAAACUCCACCACACCAAGAACACAGUACUUAACUCUCACCUUCCACAAAAGCUACCGUGACAUCAUUACAGGGUCCUAUAUCCAACAUGUGUUGGAAGAAGGGAAGAAUAUUGCGUUGAAGAACAGGCAAUUGAAGCUUUACACCAACAAUCCAAGCAAUAAUUGGUAUGGAUACAAGAGUACAAAGUGGAGCCACAUAACAUUUGAGCACCCUGCAAGGUUUGAAACACUUGCUAUGGAUCCAAAGAAGAAGGAAGAGAUUAUAAAUGAUCUUGUUAAGUUCAGAAAUGGAAAAGAUUACUAUGCUAAGAUUGGGAAGGCUUGGAAACGUGGUUAUCUGUUGUAUGGUCCACCAGGGACUGGUAAGUCUACUAUGAUAGCUGCUAUGGCUAAUUUCAUGAACUAUGAUGUGUAUGAUCUUGAAUUAACAGCAGUGAAGGAAAACACUGAUCUAAGAAAGCUGUUGAUUGAAACAUCAAGUAAAUCAAUUAUUGUGAUUGAAGACAUUGAUUGCUCUCUUGAUCUUACUGGUCAAAGGAAGAAGAAAAAGGAAAAAGAUGAGGAAGAUGGUGAGGUCCCAAAAAAUCCUACUAAAAAAGAUGAAGAAGAAGAGAAUAAGGGAAGUAAGGUAACUCUAUCUGGGUUAUUGAACUUUAUUGAUGGGAUUUGGUCAGCUUGUGGAGGAGAAAGGAUCAUAAUUUUCACAACCAACUUUGUGGAGAAACUUGAUCCUGCUCUCAUUAGGAGAGGAAGGAUGGACAAGCACAUUGAAUUGUCCUAUUGUUGCUAUGAAGCUUUCAAGGUGCUAGCCAAUAACUACUUGGAUGUUGAAUCACACAGUUUGUUUCCAACUAUUGAGAAGUUGUUGGGUGAGACCAACAUGACACCUGCUGAUGUUGCUGAGAAUCUGAUGCCUAAGUCAAUUAUUGAAGAUUCAGAGAUUUGCUUGAAGAAUCUGAUUGAUUCUCUUGAAAAGGCCAAAGAGGAAGCAAAGAAAAAGGCUGAGGAUGAAGAAGCACAGUUGAAGGCUGAGAAAGAAAAAGAACAGAUGGGUGAAGAGGAAGAGGUGAAAGCUAAUGGAAAAUCUAAGGAAGAGGUGAAAGAGAAUGGAAAAUCUAAGGAAGAAGUGAAAGAGAAUGGUACCAUCCAAUAAUUUUAAUUAGGAAUAUUUAAUUUCAACGAUUAUAUGCAUGCUUUACAUCUCUUUUGUAAUAUCAUAGUUGAAUUAUGCUGCUGUAAUGUUGUAUUGUUAUCAAAGUAAUAAAUUGAAUUCACAAUUCAAAGCUCAUGUUUACCUUUCAUUAACUAUGAGAG